GCCCGCGGCGUGCCAGGGCGGUGCGGAAUGGCGACGUGUGCAGGCGGCCGGGGAGGGGCCGCCCCGCCGGAUGAUGGACGAGGCCGCCGCCUCCUCUUCCUCCCCCGGCCCCCUCCGCCGCUGUGGGGCUGAGGGGACACCCCCCGUUACCCCCAAGCCCCCGGGUACCCCCCCUUCAAUCCCGGGGUACCCCCAUCCCGGGGCACCCCCCCCUUCCCUCUCCCCCUCGAACUUGGCGCCCCGCUCGCCCCGUCUGCGGUUGUCCCGAAGAAAUUGCCAGGAGCCGGCCGUAGGAAAUUCCGUAAGCUGAUGAAGUGCGGUUGCAAAAAAAAAAAAAAAAAAAAAAAAAGGUCACAGCUACGAGGAGGUUGUUCCUUUUUUUCUUCAGCCAGGCGAAACGUGUCGCCCAGCCCGCACGGCCCUUGGGGAGCGGCGGCAGCGAGGGGUCCGGGCACGGGAGAGAUGCUGGAGGGGACCGCAGGAGAGAGGCGGCGUCCCCCGUGUGGGGAAGGUGGGAUGGGACGGGGUGUCUGGCACUCCAUGGGCACCACAGUAUUUCCAGGCUGGCCCGUACGAGCUGUCCUGCAGGUUUCUCCGUGUGGUGCCCAUAGCGGGACGUCCCGCCGGGGCAGGAGCCCGGUGGGGAGAGCGUGUGCGAGGCCACCUCCGUGCCCGAAAUGUCGGCUUUCAGGCAAUGGCUCCUGCUUGUCCCCAUCGCAGAAGGGGACGAGACCCAGCAGCAGAGUGCCACUUGGGGCCAGGGAGAGGAGAGAGGUGUGUAAUAGCCGCCACAGAGAGGAGUCAAGCCACAGCUGUGCUACGUGUUGCACUGUGCUUCCUUCUAGUCUAUAUAUGUGUGAUAUAUACAUCGAUAUACCCCUGCCUUUUUAUUCGGGAAGGGAGCCGGCAGCGCUGCAAAGGGCCACGGGCAGGGCUGGCACUCCGCUAAUGGAGCACUAACGCAGAUGCAAUUAAGUUGGGAGGGAACUGCUGGUAGUGGUGUGGCUGCUAACCUGAAGUCACGGCGUGUUGCUGUUUGCGCUGAGCGCCACGUGCCAGGCGAGACCAGAAAAGCGCGGUCACUUAUUCAGAAAGCCUAUUUACCCGGAGGCUCCCGGGGACGUGGGUAGGAUCCGCUCGAGGCGUGUGGGUUUGGCUGGGGUUUUUCUUGGGCUUUCAAUUUUGCCUCUGUCUGUUGCAGCCGGGUGGAGGGAGAAGCUUCAGGAGGUGGAUCUGGUGAUCGUCUUUUAUCUGCUGACAGCGCUGCCUUCUGCUGCUGCCAGGCUGCCCUGCUAUCAGCAGGAUCUGGCCUCCAAGUUCCCUCUCGCUCCUUUGUGCUGGAGGAGCGCUGUCCCCAGCGAUGGGGAGCCCCUGAAGCAUCAGAGCAGGGCGAGCCUUUAUACCCCAGAGCUGGGGCUGGGCAGCGCCCUCCCAAAAGGGCUGACCUCAGGCCAGUCCCUUAGGUGCUGCUCAUGCUGGUGACCUGGGAGAUAACUUCGCCCUUUGGCAGGAACCGAAAUUUCAGCCUGGAAACUUGUGUGCCAGGUCAGCCAGCCUCGACACACCUGCGUGUGGUUAGGGUGCUGUAAAGCAAAGGGAGCCGCAGGCGCUGUGCAGGCAGACAUUGCUUCGGGCUGUGCAGAGCCCAGCUGCACGAACCCGGUUCUCUGCCCUCCAACAACUGUUCACAUCUUCUUCUGCGUUACCAUAGCUGGAGGCACUGCUUUGGCACUAGAGCAAAGUGCAGGCUUUGGAUUGCAGGGGGACGCGGUGCCCUGGUUGCAAAGAGCAUCUUAUCCCACCCCUUGAAAAGCAGGGGUAGAUAGUAGGUGCAUUUCCCUUUGGCUGUAGGAAAAUAAGGCUUCUGUGGUUGCUGCGCAACCUGUCUCUUCCUUUGCUCCUGCCACUUGACCUGGGUGAUUUAAACCAGCACUUGUGGAGGUCUGAGUUUCAGAGACACCCUGUGGAUUUUGUGGAAGCGUUUGCAGAGAGGAGGAAAGCUUGGACAGAGGGGAAGGCCGUAGCCGGAGUUUUGACUCUUCCCUGCUUCUGGCAAAUGCACAUGCAAGGCACCGAGCAGGGCCCAUGUGCCACACGUGUGUGGCCACGCGUCCUGGAGGCUGUUCCACGCUUAAAGCCAGCGAGGCCGAGGGCUUUGCUGGUUUCACUUCCUUAUGGUGAGUUGGACUUUUGCUCGGGGCAAACAGAGGUGACUCUGUGGUGCGAGGUGGUGAGGGAAAUCUGCUCUCCUGGGCUGUUAGCUGGGGUUUUUGGAAGUUUGAUGGAUAACUAGAAAAAGCCACAGGGACUGAAGAGUUAGAGGACAACUUUGCAGGUAGCUCCUUUACGGGAAAAGGCAAAAUAGUGGUUGUCUGUCUUGUUCCUGUUCUGGUGGCGGUAAAAGAGCUUUAUCUGAACAAGCUAUUUUUGGGAAGGAGCAGGAAGGAGUUUGCAUGUGGAGGUGUUUGAUGAUUUUCACUGUUUUGACUAGGGUGGUGACUAGGGGGUGAUCCUGUCUGAGGAACUUCACGCAGAUUAACGUGCUCUGUGUCAGACGUGAGCUUGAUCUUUGGACAUGGACUCAGGAGCAGGUACAGAGGGGAAGAUGCUGAAGUCUGGAAGCCUCAACAGAGCCCGGCCGUUGAACCAAGCCCACCAAGCGUGAGAUGUCGCUCAAGGCAUCGGCGAGCAGAUAAGCCGCGGCGCAGAAGAAUAAGGCAGGAUGGAUGUGUAUGAUCCUCAGACGCUGGGUGUUGUGGUCUUUGGAGGCUUUAUGGUGAUAUCGGCCAUUGGGAUCUUUCUGGUGUCCACCUUCUCCAUGAAGGAGACGUCUUAUGAGGAAGCCUUGGCAAAGCAGCGUAAAGAGCUUGAGAAGACCAACCAGCACAAAAUAGAGAAAAAGAAGAAAGAGAAACCUGUUGAGAAAAAAGGAAAAGCAAAGAAAAAGGAAGAAAAACCUAAUGGAAAGAUACCGGAGCAGCAGCUGCCUCAGGAAGUGACAGACUCUUCCAAGGAUGUGGUUCUUGAGCCUGCCGCGGUGCCUGAGCCCGUAACUCCCGUUGAGCCUCCGAUCGCAGUGGUGUCAGUGCCCCCCCAGGAAAAGGAGAAACCUGCUCCGUCUCCUAAGGAGAAGAGGAAGAAGGAGAAGAAGGUGGCAAAGGUAGAGCCUGCUCCUAGCCCAGCGCUGGCUUCCCCUCCUGUCAGCGUUCCCAAAGGUUCUCCUGUCUUGGAGGUGACCCCUAAGGAGGUGCCUGUUGUGGCCGUGCCACCAGUGGGCACGCAGCAAAGUGCCCCAGUUGUCAGCUCGGUCCCCGUCAAAAAAAACGAGGCUCUUCCAGCCCACGAGGAGCAAAAGCAUGAUGGACCUGUCAAGAAGAAGGCCGCAUCCAAGAAGAAGUCUGAGCCAGCACCUGCGGACUCGGAUGGGCCCCUCUACCUGCCCUACAAGACGCUUGUGUCCAGCAUCAGCAGCAUGGUGUUCAGCGAGGGAGAGGCCCAGCAGCUCAUCGAGAUCCUGUCGGAGAAAGCGGGCAUCGUCCAGGACACCUGGCACACGGCAACGCAGAAGGGGGACCCGGUCACCGCCCUGAAACGCCAGCUGGAAGAGAAGGAGAAGCAGCUCGCUGCUGAGCAGGAGGACGUGUCUGCUGCCAGAAACAAGCUGCGGGAGCUGAGCAAGGAACUUGCAGCUGAGAAGGCCAAGGCGGUGGCCAGCGAGAGCAAGCUGAAGGAGCAGCUGGUUGCUCGCGAGCGGGAGAUCACCGCAGUUCAGGCACGGAUGCAGGCGAGCUACCAGGACCACGUCAACGAAACGCAGCAGCUCCAGGGAAAGAUUCGGACCCUGCAGGAGCAGCUGGAGAACGGCCCCAACACGCAGCUCGCCCGCCUGCAGCAGGAGAACUCCAUCCUGAGGGACGCGCUCAACCAGGCCACCAGCCAGACGGAGAGCAAGCAAAACGCUGAGCUGGCCAAGCUGCGGCAAGAAUGCAACAAGCUGAUGAAAGAGCUGUCUGAAAAAUCCGAGGUGCUGCAGCAAGAGGAGCAGCAGAAAAAGAGCUGGGAGAUCAAAGCGGUGGCCUCCGAGAAGCAGCUCGAGCAGUUGCAGGCUUCCCAAAGAGAGGUGGAGGCGACGCUGCAGAAGAGGUUGGAUGAAGUAAGUGACGAGCUCCGCAAAACCCAGGCCAGCUACAAGAGCCUCUUAGCAGAUGCAGAGAAGUCCAAAGGGCAGCAGCAGAGCAUCGCUGAACUGCAGGCCAAGCUGCUGAGCUCCGAAGCAGAGCUUAAAAGCAAACUGUCGGAGCUCGACAGCGUGAAGGGGAAACUGCAGGAUGCCAGCUCGGAGAACGCCAAGCUCCUGGAGAGGAUCAAAUCCAUCGAAGCUCUGCUGGAAGCAGGCCAGAUGAGGGAGGCAGAAAAAGACAGAGACCUGCAGGCAGCCAACGAAGCAGAAAUGAAGCAGAUGCAAUUAAGGCUGCAGGAGAAAACAGACCAGCUCUCGUCUUUGGAAAGGGAAGCAGCGGAGCUGCGAGAGGCAAUGGAGCAACAGAAGACAAAAAACAACGACCUUCGUGAGAAGAACUGGAAAGCAAUGGAGGCGUUGGCCACGGUGGAGAAGGCAUGUGAGGAGAAGCUACUUGCUGCUACAAAAGCAAAGGAGGAGUUGGCCCAACAGCUUGACACCUUCCAGACACAAACCAAACAGACGCUGCUCUCUGCCCUCCCAGAAGUCACCGUGUCCCCGCAGCAGGAUUAUGAUACGUGGCUACAAGAAUUUAAGGAGAAGACAGUGAAUGUGCUAAAGCAACGCAUCAGUACAACAGAGCCCGCGGAUUCAGCACUUAAAUUAAAAGAGGCAGAGGAAGCGCAGAGCACUUUACAAGGAGAAUGUGAGCAGUACAGAGCUAUCCUCGCAGAGACGGAGGGGAUGCUGCGAGACCUACAGAAGAGCGUGGAGGAGGAGGAGCAGGUCUGGAAAGCAAAGCUCACAGUCUCUGAAGAGGAACUCCAAAAGUCACAACUCCAGUUGAAAUCCCUUGAAGACAUGGUAGAGAAGUUGAAGGCAGAGCUGCAGAGCACGGAUCAGCUAAAGGAAUACAUCUCUCUUCUGGAAGCACAACUGGAAAAUCACUUGCAGACAGCCAGCUCCGAGCGCCAAAACUACACAAAAGAAGUUGAAGACUUGAGGCAGCUCUUAUCAGAGUCCCAAGAGCAGCUGGAGGCGGCGAAGACAGAAACACAGAAGCAGAGCAAAGAGCUGGCCCUGGUCAGGCAGCAGUUGGGUGAGAUGAAGAGCCACGUGCAGGACGGAGAAGUCGUGGGGUCACGAGCUGAGCUGAGCGAUCCCACGCCCUUCGAGUUGAAAACUCAGCUGGAGCAAAACGAAGCGCUGGUGGAGAAGGAGCAAGCGCUGAGGCAGAAGCUGGUGCUGGAGCUGGAGGAGGCACAGGGCUCAGCACGCAGCUUGCAGGCGGAGCUGGAGAAGCUGAGACUGGCUGAAAACGCAGCGGCUUCAGGCACGGAGGAGGCCCAGCAUCUCAAGGAAAGACUUGAAAAAGAAAAAAAACUAACAAAGGACUUGGGCCAAGCAGCAACCAAACUACAGGAGCUACUGAAGGUUACCCAGGACCAACUGGCCAAAGAGAGAGAAACGGUGAAGAAGUUGAAAGAACAGCUUCAUGAAACGGGGGAAGAGGACAGUUCAAAGGAAGGGACUUCGGUUUGAUGAGUCUGUGACUUAGAACUUACCCUUCAACUUACCAAAAUGCCUUACACAUUCCUAAAAAUAAAAGUAUAUGCUGAAUUUACUGUAGAUAAAAUACAAGCCAUUAGUGACCCAAAACCUAGUUUUGAAACUUUAAAAAAAAAAAAAAAAAAAAGGAAAAAAAAAGAAACCAACAACCAGUAAACACUGCAGGUGUACGUUUGUAAGAAAACCUUCAUGCUGUUUUGUACAACCAUUCGUUCCCGUGGGUGCUGCUCUCGACACGUUGGGGCAGAUGCCGGGGCUCGACCCUCCUGUAGCGGCAGAACCCACGAAUGUGUGAAAAGGGAAGACUGUGUUUGUACAUCAACCGGUGCAAUUAUUAUUUUAUAUAUAUAUAUAUAUAUAUUAUUUUUUUUGGAGUGAAAGAAGUGUGAAAGUAAGACCCACCAGUGGAAGGAAGCCUCUCUUUGACGGGUGGCUCUCGGUGCGUAUCCUUUGUGUACUUUCUGGGUGUCGAUGCAAUUAAAAUGACGUCGUAGUGAA